GGCAGCCCCGUCCCGCCGGCGGGGGCCAAAGAUGCGGCGGUACCUGCCGGUGGCCCGGCAGCACUUCCUGGCGGCGCUGGCCGGCACCAGCGUGGUGGUGAAGUCGCUGAGCGCCGCCGUCGUCCUCCUCUACCUGCUCUCCUUCGGACUGGACACCGCCUACGGGCUGGGGGUGACCCCGGGAUACCUCCUGCCCCCCAACUUCUGGAUCUGGACGCUGCUGACGCAGGGGCUGGUGGAGGACCGAGCCUGGGGCCUGGCGGCCAGCCUGGCCACGCUGGGAGUAGCAGGCCGGCUGCUGGAGCCCCUCUGGGGAGCCCUGGAGCUGCUGGUCUUCUUCGCGGUGGUGAACAUCUCGGUGGGGCUCCUGGGAGCCCUCGCCUACUUCCUCACCUACGUGGCCUCCUUCCACCUUGCCUACCUGUUCGCCGUCCGCAUCCACGGCGGGCUGGGCUUCCUCGGGGGCGUCUUGGUGGCCCUCAAGCAGACGAUGGGGGACAGCACCGUCCUGAAGGUGCCCCAGGUCAGAAUGAAGGCGGUCCCCAUGCUCCUGCUCCUUCUCUUGGCUCUGCUGCGGCUCGCCGCCCUCGUCCAGAGCAAUGUACUGGCCUCGUACGGCUUUGGGCUCCUCUCCAGCUGGGUCUAUCUCCGUUUCUACCAGCGGCACAGUAGAGGCCGUGGAGACAUGUCUGAUCACUUCGCCUUUGCCACUUUCUUCCCUGAGAUCCUGCAGCCCGUGGUGGGUCUGGUGGCCAACCUGGUGCACAGCAUCUUGGUGAAGGUGAAGGUCUGCCGCAAGACAGUCAAACGCUACGAUGUGGGUGCCCCGUCCUCCAUCACCAUCAGCCUGCCAGGAACAGACCCCCAGGACGCCGAGAGAAGAAGGCAGCUGGCCCUGAAGGCCCUGAACGAGCGGCUGAAGCGCGUGGAGGACCAGUCGGCCUGGCCUAGCAUGGAGGACGACGAGGAGGAGGCAGUGACGGUGACGAAGGCUGACAGCCCGCUGCUGCCCGACUCUGGCACGGCCGGGAAGGGCGCCGGCCAGGAGUCCAGCCUCAUCACCUUCCAGGAUGCCCCGUCCCAGCUGUGACCAGCCGACACGCCGCCCCCCCUUCCCCACCCUGUCUCCGUUGGAGAGCUGCUAACCCCCCUCGUGUCCCCCCCACGCAGCCGGGACGCUCAGCGAGGAGCAGGGACUCCUCCCGCGGCAGAGGCAGGGGGGCUACCUCAUUCCAAUGCUUCGUUGCCGCUUGCGGCCAGCACCGGGCGCCCAGGAUGAAGGACAGGGGCUCCUCGAGCUGCUCCCCUCGGCGCAGGACAGGCUGUGGACAUCAGUGCCAGCAGUGGGGGCUGCUCCAGGAUGGGGACAUGGGGCUGAUCCAGCCCUAGCUGUGCCCCACACACAGCCAGCUGGCCCCCUCCCCACACGAGAGCAAAGUCAGUGGCGCUUCCUCGCUUCUCCUCUUCACUGGGGGUUGGCCAGAGCACUCAACACUUAUUUCCUACUUUCUGAAGGUAGUUUUGUCCCUAACUGAGGGAACAGGAAGGCUGGCCAAGUUUCUUUUCUGAAUCCUUUUCCUAUGGGGAGCAUCCCCUCUGGCCUGGCAGGAGCUUGCCAUGACCAGUGAGAGGUUUGCCAGGUGUGGGGGGGGACAGGAGGGGGCUGCCCAGCCCCUCUCGGCAGUGGUCUGGCACUGCCAGCUCUGGCCUUUCACAUGGCAGGGGGUCUCUCCUCCUUCCUCUCCUGUCCCCAAGGCCGGUCCCGCCAGGAGCCGGUGUCCUCGGCCGCUCCCCGGUUAAUCCGUUUGUCAGAUUACACUAGAAGCUGGAAUUAAUUUUUACAAUGGGGCUCUCGCUGCUUCCUCCAGCAGUGGGUUUUCUUUCCUGCAGGUAGAAUAUGGGCUCCCCCUUCUCUUUCCCUCCCUCUGUGUUGAUGGGCUUUGUUUUGGGUUAUUUUUUUUUUCCUGGCUGGAGAGGAUGCUCCCUGUGAUAGCCUCCUCGCAGCUCCUGAUCCCCAGGCAGUCCCCAGCCCGGGACGUGGGUCAAUGGUGUCGUGAUUAUUUUUUUAAAGGACCACAUGAGAAGGUUUUGUCAAUUGGGGAAAAAAAAAAAAAUAGACAUUUCGUUAUCAAUAAAGAGUUCUUUGAAA